CAGUACAGUACGCUGAGUAUGCUGUCGAGGCGACUAGCAUGAUGUAAAGGAAUUUGGAUCGUGCGAACUUUGAACAAAUAGUCAUAUUGAUCAUAGUCAUAUAGUAUACACGUGAUGAAUUGUAUAUUAUUUGCAAUAAGAUAAAAGUGAGAUAAUCAAUCAACUACUGUGCAUAUCCGCAGUAGUUUUUGUUCGAUUUUAAUCAUUCUACGUUUUUUACGACAAUCUUUGGUCGUACUUCUGGUUUUUCGAGAAAUAGAAAACAUUCCAACGAGAGAGACGCGAGUAACUUCUUCACGUUUGUGUGCGUACGUUUACUCUUUUCCUCUGCGUGUUCGAACGCAUUCUGACGUGCAGUUGAUCCUUGUUCGUCACACAAAUCGAAGCCACUUAUCGGAAACAAAAUCGAAAACGUGAACGUCGAGCGAAACGACGCUCGGCUAGCUAAGGGAUGCCAUCAAAAUGGGUUUGCAUAAUCUUUAAUCUGAUAGUGUAUGUGGUUGCGUCAGUAGAAGAUGAAAAGACUAGAGCUUUCAUAAAAUUAACCGAAUUCGCUUACGAGGAUACUUGUAUGAGUACAGCUGAAGCGGAAUGGGAAUUCAUCAAUUCACCAUCGAAUGAAACAUUAUCAAAAUGGGAAGACGAAUUAAUUUCUUAUGCCUCCUUUAAGAACUUACAAAAAGACGAAGUUGGUAACAUUUCAAAAGCUGAUAUCAGAGAUGAAUCUUUACAAUACAAGUAUGAUGUUGCUGAAAAAAUAGGCGAUGCUUUAUUGGAUACCGAAGAUUUUAAAAGCCUUGUUCAUUUUUCUGGGACCAUAGAGUUGCUGAGAUUAUCUACAGUUCAUAAAGGAAUUUUAAAUAAUCACACAAGAAAAGAUGUGGAACGUAUACUGCCUCGUAGUAAUGAUAUUAGAAAUAAAAACACUGUUUGGAUAGCAUGGCAUCAAGAACUAGCUUCAUUAGUUAAAAAUUUCUCUGUUAUCCUACCACUUGUUGAUAAAGCUGCCAAAGCAAAUGGUGUCAAGGAUGUUAAAGAAUAUUGGGAACUUUUAAGUGGAUAUGGUGAUGGUUAUAAUAAAGUUGAAUAUAUAUGGAAUGGGAUUGUCGAUCUUCAUAAAAAAAUAUUGAAAUUUGUAAUAAGUAGCUUAUCUCAGAAGUAUGAUAUUGCUAUGAAUGAUACAAUACCAGCAUACUUACUUGGAACCUUGCAAGGAAACGACUGGAUUCCUAUAUCAGUUGAUGUAACACCUUAUCCAGAUCUUAUGUAUAAUAUUAAAAAAAAUCUUUGGAAGAAGAAACUUCAUGCAAGAACACUGUACAAAAUUGCUUCUGCUAUGAGUACACAAAUACUAAGUCAAGCGCCACAAGCAGAUUUUUGGAAAAAUAGCUAUUUCUAUGGACAGUGUCCUUCAAAAUUAGUUAAUUUCUGCAAAGAUGCUGUUUUGAGGGUAUCUACUUGCUUUGAACCUACUAUAAGUAACUAUCUCUCUACUCACAAAAACGUAGGAAAGAUUGUGUUCAAUCAAUUAUCUGUCGAGGAUACUCCAAUACUUAAUACGGCUAAUCGAUAUUCAGCGCUAGAAGAAGGUGUGUCGGAACUCUUCGGUAUUUUAGCGGCAAGUCCUGCUUGGUUAAAUUACACACGUAUUAUCGAUGACUCUAGCAAUAAUGAUCAAAAUUUAAUUAUAUCUCUUAUGAUUACUGCACUGAAUACGCUACCGCGGAUUGCUUAUUAUAUAUCUGUAGAUAUGUGGAGAAUUAAUGCUAUUGAAAAAAACUUAACAAAUCCUGAAGAUUUAAUAUCAUCUUGGUGGCAAUAUAGGGAAAAAUAUGAAGGAAUCAAAUCUAAUGGAUCUAAUUUGCCCACAUUUUUAAAUGAUGAUCAUAUCACGAACAAUAAGCCAUAUUUGCCAAAACUAGUUGGUACAAUGUUGGCAUUUCAGUUGUAUGAAUAUCUGAUGGAAUCCACAGAAAUUAGAUAUGAUUCGAUCGUAAGAAAACAGAUAAAUAUUAAUUUUUUAAAAAUGAUUCAGCAAGGUGCCGAUGAUUGGAUGAAAGUAGUCAAUAAAUAUUUAGAAAUAGAUGAAAUUUCACUGGAUUCGUUACUUUCAUUUUUCUCGCCGCUGGAAGAUUUCAUUGACGAGCAGUAUGAGGAUCUCCAAUACAAGGCAGUUACAGCCAAAGAGUCAGAAUUAGAUGAACUAGAAAAGAAACUAAUUAUGGAAAUAAAUGCCACGACUACUGAUGCUCCGCCAACCACUACAAUUGCCACUUCGAAACAAACUAUAAAGAAAAAAACAGAAAUAAUAAAUAGAAAGUCUCCAAGUAGACAGGAUGAUAAAAAGAGCGAUAUAAAUAUUGUGACUAAUUCGAGCAAAGAUUUAAAGUUUAAAUCGCCUAUAUAUGAACAAGUCGAAAAACCAGAAAAUCGUAAUCCACUACAACCAGUGACAACUGAGGCUCCUUUUGAUCCAUCACUUGACACCCAAGGCAUAGGAAAUGACAAUAAACCAAAGACGAAUACUAGUAAGGCAGCGUGGGCCGUGGGCGCAGUGCUGAUAGGAAUAAUAGUUAUUUGUAUAAUUGCGAUCUUCGGGAGACAAAGAUGUCGCAAAGUACCAAAAAAUAGACGAUACGUUUAAUGGUAUCUCUCUACGCUAAAAAUAUCUACAUAUUACGUAUAUUUAUUCUUGCAUUUAGUUUGUAAUAUUUGCCUGUGUAAGUUAUUGUUAUGGACCGUUUCGUGUAGAAAGACAUUUAUUAAUUCACAAUAUCUAAUAUUGUACAUUCCUUACUGUUCAUUGUAAAAGAAAAGAAAAGAAAAAAAACAGAGGCUACUUUCGGAAAUAUAGUGUGAAUACUAGUCUCUCGAUACAGUUGAGCAGUAUACAUAAGAGAGUGUCGUAAGAAGAAAAUUAGAGCUUGAUUAACAAAAUGAAAAGUAUUAACGCGUGGAUAUAUUAUAUUCAAUUAUAUCUUCUAAAUCGGAUUUAUUUAAUUUUCAUUGCAUUAUGUACAUAUGUAUACAAACUUAAUAUGUAUCAUUUUUGUAGAGUAAUAUUAGUCUUAAAAAUAAGAAAGGAAUGUCGUAACAUACAUACCAAGUACAAUAGUUCCUCUACCACUAUGCCAAACUAUAAAAAACAAAAAGGUUUUAAUAAACGCACAAAGCGGGAAAUAUCUCCCUUUUUUUAAAAUUUAUAGGACAUGUACUUCAAUGGUACCUUUAUUAGUCUAUACUAUAUCUACCAUAUUUUUCAAACUAAGGCUUGUACAUAAUCACUUAUACAAAAUUGUAAGAUGAAUGGGUAAUUAUACAAAUGUGUAACUAUCGCAACGUCAAGGAUGUCACAAAACCAAUGUCAUAUAUAUUUUUCUUACAUAAUACUACCAUGUAUGAUACUUAUAUAAGUAUAUGUAAUUUGUAUACGAUGUACUCUCUGUAUUGAGAAUUUAUAUUUUUUAUAAAAGUAUUUAUUUUGUACCGUAUAAAGGUAUUUAAUAAAGUAUUCUUCUGGUACAAAAUUAA